GAAAGAUGACUUCUUGCCGAAGAAGAUCUGCGAGCGGUGCGUGACGCGGCUGGAACAGCUCUACGAGUGGAGGCAGAGCUGUCUGAACACCGACUCGGUGCUACGGAACUACGCGGAGUCCAUGAGGAUCGUCACCUCGACUAUUAACUUUCAGGAUGGAACGGUCAACAUGGAUAAAAUGACUGAAGCACAAAAAACCGCCUAUCUCGAAGCUCAUGUUGCUGUUCAACAACAUAUGGCUCAAGCUGCUGCUGCUGCUCGUCGUGAACAACAACAGCAGCAGCAGCAGCAACAACAACAACAGCAGCAACAACAGCAGCAACAACAGCAGCAACAACAACAGCAGCAACAACAGCAGCAGCAGCAACAGCAGCAACAACAACAGCAGCAGCAACAACAGCAGCAGCAACACCAACAACACCAACAGCAGCAACAACAAGCUAAUAAUUCGAAUAAUGCCAGGCAUCACCAAGAAAUGCAGCAAGCGCAAAAUGCGAGCACACAUCCUGGCCAUCCCUCACCACCAACAGUAAGCUCCACUCAACACCAUUACACUACAAUUAAUUCACCAAUUAAAGUCCCACAAGUGAGCUCCAGUACUGGAGGACCAGAUUCAACGUUUACCGUACCAGAUGAUGUCGGAAUGGGAUUUGAAGGAGGAGUUCGUGUUUUACAAAGCCUCGGCAACUGGUCGCCAGAGGUAACAAAUACUAUACCAAGACCUAAUUUAAUACCAUUUACGGAACCAUAUACAGAAGGAGGAUCUAUGCAUCCCGGAACUCGUUUAAAAGCGUUACAAGGUACCGCAGUGGUCAGAAAACACCCAGCAAUUAAACCGACUAGUUCGACUAAUGAAGGAAGCAAAGCUUUUGAAUGUACAGUUUGCGGCAAAGGAUUAGCUCGUAAGGAUAAAUUAACAAUUCACAUGAGAAUACAUACAGGUGAAAAACCAUACGUAUGUGAAGUAUGUAAUAAAGCAUUUGCACGAAGAGAUAAAUUAGUACUUCAUAUGAACAAACUAAAACACAUCACACCGUCCAAUAUAGCACCUCUAGGUAAAAGAAGCAUUACAAUACCACCACUUAAGUUAGAUGAUGUUAAACCACAAUUGACAAAACAAGAAGAUACUAAACCGAGUCAAGCAGAAAUUGCUGCUGCUGCAGUGGCUCAGCAACAGCAACAACAACAACAACAACAGCAGCAGCAACAACAACAGCAACAACAACAACAGCAGCAACAACAACAGCAACAACAACAGCAACAGCAGCAGCAACAACAACAACAGCAUUCACAUCAGCAGCCGAUUCAGGUCUGCCAGGUACCUGGACACAACUUUACGAACACAAACUUGGUUCAUACGAGUGCAACGACUGCAGCUGUAGCAGCGGCUACAGCCGGCAUGGUGGUGUCGUGGUCUUGUGAGCUUUGUGGUCGCUUGUUCGCCUCGAGAGAGGAAUGGACUGCUCAUGCUAAGUCACAUCUACCUGAUAAUAAGCUCUUGCAAGAUAAGAUGCAGACCCAACAUCAGCAACAAGACAAAGUUCACUUAACAAAUCAAGAGAAGCUUCAAUUGCUGCACCACCACAAUCAGAACCAGCAAAUAUUGAACGGCCACGGUAUAGCCACUGCCUCCGUGUCCACGGCAACGGUUGUCAACGAGGGCAGUGGAAGCGGCGCGUACUUCACGCACGGCCACACACACUACGCGCCUGAACGACAACACACACACGCUCACCACUUGUGUCUCAUGUGCCGGCAAGAGUUCGCAGGCAAAGCCGAAUUCAUGUUCCACGUGCGAGGACAUUUCGAAGGUAAAGUGAGUGACAUCGCGGCGGCCGACGUGCUGGCCAGGUCUCUAGUGGACAAUUCGGGACUGUGCACCUGAAACGGGUCCACGCCAUUUCCAACAGACGUUUACGGGAAGGGCGUGGUACAAGAUGACACGAUAAUGCUGAAGUUUUAAAAUAUUUCAACUCUGAACGUGUAUUUAGUUGUAAGUUAGGCGUAAGACAAUAUGUCCAGAAAUUUUUCGAUGGUGUUUUAUUUAAAUUGAUCUUGCUAUAGAAGGUAGAAACUGAGAAUGUUGCUUAUUACGAAUUGUCCAAAAUUUUAUUAGAUAAUAUAACGAUAAUUUCAGCACUCAUAUUUGUAUGUUUAAAUUACAAUAAAAAUAAGACUAAAAUGUAAGGGACUUUGUAUCCUGUGCCUGCAGUAACCCUUAUUUUGUUUAUUAUUUCUAAAACAAACUGGCCAUAACUGUAUAACUAUUAAGAUUAAUAUUUAUCCCAUAUGUACAUUGUACAUAUCGUUAUUGUCUUUCAUUUUAAUUAUUUUGUAAAUAUUAAACACGGUGGGAUAAUAAAUAUGGUAAACAAUGAUUGGCAAGGGAUAAUUAAUUGUUCACAACUUACGUAGAGAUAAUUGUGCAUAAAGUGUCACUUAUUAUAUUAAUUAUAACUAAUCGAAGUAAAUGUUCCUGUGAAGAUAGUUGAUUAGAGCUGCAACAUUGUACCUACAACUUAAGAUCAGACAUUUUUGAAAAAAUGUCCACUUUUA